GUGGCGGUAGGCGGUGGGUGGAGGAGCGGAUCCGCUGGAUGGUGUUUACUGGCCGGGGAGGAGGGUUAUGGCCGCCCGCUAGAAACAUGUUUAACCUCAGUAUUGCUCGCGUGUUUCAGGUCACCUGCUUUAGAACCGGUUUCCCGCCCAGCAGUUCAGCUUUGGCCCUCAGAACUGUGGCCACCACUCAACAAGAUGCCAAGAUAAGUGAUAUGCCAAUCAAAAUGGAUAAUCCAUACAAACAGCCUCAGAAAGGAUGUAUUCUCUGCAAUGUUUCAGUAGACUUUAAAAAUGUUCAGCUGUUGUCACAGUUCAUCUCUCCUCACACAGGCAGAAUAUACGGCAGACACAUAACAGGUCUGUGUGGUCAGAAACAAAGAGAGGUCACAAAAGCCAUCAAGAGGGCGCGAUCAUUGGGCUUCAUGUCAGUGACUUUGAAGGAUCCCCAGUUCAUGAAAGAUCCCAACAUCUGUGACAUCAAGCACCUGGAAUAACCUGAGUCUGGAUAACUAAUGUAAAAACUUUACAUUACUUGUGUCUUUAAACAUCUUAAUAAAAAUCAAUGUUAACUGUC